AUGAAAAGGGGAUUUAUUGAAGGAUGUAGAAAAUGUAUUGGGUUAGAUGGUUGUUUCUUGAAGGGAAUAUCUAAGGGACAGCUACUUGUUACUAUUGCAAAGGAUGGGAACAACCAAAUAUUUCCAAUAACAUGGGCUGUAGUUGAGACAGAAAGUAAAGACACAUGGUGUUGGUUUAUAAGGAUAUUGAAGUCUGAUUUUGAGAUCAAUGAUGAAGGAGAAGAAUUGACAAUCAUUAGUGAUAUGCAAAAGGGUUUAUAUUCAGUAGUUCAAGAAUAUCUUCCUGAAUGUGAGCAUAGAAUGUCUGCAAGACAUAUUCUAGCUAACUGGCAGCAGAAAUGGAAGGGUAUUGAGAGAAGAAAUGGGUUUUGGAGCUGUGCAAGAUUAACUUAUGAAGUUGAACUUAAAUCAAAGUUGGACAAACUAAGUAAGUUAGGUCACAAGAUUUGUGAAGACUUGGUAAACUACAAUCCUGAGAAAUGGAGCAAAGCAAUGGUUAGAACUUCUUCCAAGUGUGACAGUGUGGAUAAUAACAUGGCUGAAAGCUUCAAUGCUUGGGUUUUGGGUCCUAGGCACAAGACAAUUAUUAGCAUACUUGAAGAAAUUAGGAUAAAGGUAAUGAAUAGGUUCACUAGAGUGAGGGCAUUUGCAGAUACUUGGAAUGAAGCCAUAUCACCAAUGGCAAUGAUGGUGUUGGUUACAAAUGUGGAGAAGUCUAUGAGGUGCACAAUACACUGGAAUGGUGAUUUUGGGUAUGAAGUUAAGGGGGCUACAGGGAUUAAACACAUUGUCAAGUUAACUGAGGAAGUGUGUAGUUGCAGAGCUUGGCAACUAAAAAGGAUACCUUGUGCACAUGGUGUGGCUGCAAUUCAUCACAAGAGACUUAAUCCACUUGACUUCAUUUCUGAGUGGUACAAUAAAGAGACCUCCCUAAAAGUUUAUUCUCAUUUCAUACAGUCAGUACCAUGCAUGGAGAUGUGGCCUGAGUCAACAAAUGCAAAGGUUGAACCAUCUCCUGUUAGAACAAUGCCUGGAAGGCCAACAAAAAAAAAGAAGAAAGAAGGUUGGGGAGAUAAAAACAGUGGCAAGCUUACAGAGAGGGGAAUAUCAAUGAGUUGCUCAAUUUGUAAGUCAACAGCUUAUAACAGAAGAAGAUGUCCAAAUAAACCUCAAAGCACUUCAGAGAAACUGCUUUAUGUUAUAACAGAAACUGGUUGUUUGGGAAUGUUUGGGACUGCUGAAUCUGAAUUUUCGUUUCUGCUGAAUGUUUGGGACUGUCUGCUGAAUGUUUGGGACUGUUGA